AUGACCCGGACACUGACGCUGCCAAGUCAAGUGUCUUCGUCUCCCUGUUCUGUGACAACGAAUCGCUCGCCACGAACCAGUAGCUCUAAUGGAUCACCGAACACUGAGCUGGUCCGUCCACGCCACAAUGGCUUUGAGCGGCCUUUUUCGCGAGAUCAGGUGAUCUCCUGGAUCGGGCACUCGGUUUCGGCCUUGUGCUUCUUUAUUGGAGCCAUGAGUAUCUCCGUUCAUUGCACUGGUCAAGAAAGUCUGGACAAUACAGACACAAGCAGCAGUACGGUCACUGUAUGGACGUUCCUAGCAGUUGCAGUGCACGUUGUCAACUCGACCAUUCUCGUGGCCUCCUGGAGGUUUUGCGAGACUAUUGACCCGGCUGCACACAGGAACGAUGCAGUCAACCAAAAGAAUGGCUGGUGGUGUGUACGACUUAGUGGACCAAGAUGGGAGAAAACUCGGUACUGCGCCUUAUGUCGAAAGACCGUGCCUGGAAUGGACCACCACUGCACGUGGCUCCAGACUUGCAUUGGCAAAGCCAACUACGUCCAGUUCUUCACAGUGGCGUGCACGGGCACAGUACAAUUUGUACUGCAGGUGGCGUACGCAAUCCUGUGUCUAUUGUGGCUGCACGCCCACCCAAUGAAGAAUGCAGAUGUGUUUGGCUACUUGGCGAAAUGCUGCUUCGUUCUGUGUUCGGUGAUCUCGGUCCCGUGCAUGUUCAUGUACUUCGUGCUGGUGGGGUUCCACCUAUGGCUCAUGGUAUUGGGCUACGGCACGUACGAUUGGAUGCUGCGUCGACGUCAAGAGCAGCGCGCCAAGCUAGAGGCUAGGAAAAUGAACAAGCACGCGGCGAACGGUGAUACAAGCGAGAGCAGCUUUGCUAGUACACGUCAACCUGUGACUCUAGGCCCCAGCAGUCAUGCCGCAAUCAUCGUUGAAGAUGUCAAGUUGGAAGAACGAGGUCGAGAGCUCACGAUGCUGUAG